CUUAGACUUUGGGCUGUUGGAGGAGACCCACACAAACGUGGGGAAGAACAAUUCUAAGCACUGAGCCACCGUGCCAUCCACAUCAGUCUUCCAUUCUUUUCAAUUAUCGGACAAUGCUCAGAACAAACACUAGGUGGCUUAAUUGUGCUUUAUUUAUCUGCAAAACACACCUAAGCUCCCACUGUGCUCUGAUUUCCUGGGACCUGUCCUAGGACAAAUGGGAACUAUUUCCCUGCCUACUUUAAAUAUCCCAUUACAGCAACCCAGUCCUCUGGUGUGUCACUUUGCAUAACUGAAUAAGGCUGUCUCCAUUUUAGUAAUUUCCCAGAGUCUGUGAUAGAGCAGUACUAUGCAGUUGAAUUGAAUCAGACUCAGUCAUGUGCAUCAAUGGGUCUAUUCCAUUCAGCAUGAAUGAAAUUUUUUCAAAUUGAUUAAUUGAACUGAAUCAAACUGUCCUGUUUUACUCUCCAGUCCUCGGGUCAGUGAAUUGGCUUUUUUUGUUGCUAAUCUGCUUAAGGAGGUGGCUUCUCCUCUCUCCAACAAGAAAUAAAAUCCUAAAUAAACUGACAAGUACGAAUGGCGACAAACAAGCGCUACAACUAGUUUCUAUCCCUUUACCCCUAACAGCUAUGAUCUAAAUCAAGGCCACUGCUUGUGGCCAGUAUCCAUCCCCCAUCAGCACACACUGCAUUUUAACAAUAGAUUGCAGAACAACAAGACUCCUUAAUUUACAAUUAAGAGGGGUUAAAAUAACAAAAUAUGAAGUCAUUCUUUAUCAUGUCCCGACACCAGCUUGCUAUGCAUGCAAAUUUGUAAAAAGCAGCAUUUACACUCCUCUUGUCACCAGGGAAUAUUGAGUGUCACAUGUUUUCUUUAUUAUUCUGGUACAGUGUGGUAACAAAGUUAUAUACAGGCAGCAAAUUGUAUAUAAAAAAAGCUCAUGUUUAAAAAUACACAGCUGAGGGAGUCCAUGUCUUAUCAAAUAAAAGAUACUAACUGGAACUAAAUCUCUUCUCUAAAACACACGCUAAACAAAUGAGAACUUUUUUUCUCCAAUCAAAAUAAUACAUCAUUGUAAAUACAGGAGAGAUAUUUAAGCCUGGUUGUUACCACCAAUAAGAAAAGAGUAUUUCCACAAAUAUAAAACCGGUCCCUUUCAUAAAGCCUGGAGUCAGUCAUUUAGGUGCUCAGAAUACCAAUAAAUUCUUUAGUCCCCAUCUGUGAAGGAAACUCUCAUGGUGCAAUUGCUUCUACUCUUGCUUCUGUCCUCUGUCUCCUGUCAUCACCAUGUCUCUCUUCAAGUCCAGCCUACUUGGCCUCUAGCCCAUCCACCAUAGAAGGUGGGUAAUAAUGACAUAAACAGCAAUUGGUCAUAACGAUAUCACUUUAGUUGGUUUUGACCUCUAUAAAAAUAGUAUCAUUUUAUCACAAUGUUUAUUGCUUUUGGGACAAUCUGCUAAAGACAGGUGUGUACAGUACAUUUCAAAGGCUACCUAAUGUUGUUAAGAAUUGGGUGCUUGCAAAUCCAACACUUUGAUAGCCCCCCUUGACAUAACAUUAUGUCUGGGAGCUCAGCAGAAUAGAAAAAAAUUGCUGCUGGUACAGGUAACUCCAAAAAUAAAGAAACACUAGAAUAAAUGAGGUACUUGUAAGACUGUAAUAUAGUGCCUUGCAAAUCUGUUAACAGGAUGAAUAACAUCUCGUUUCCUUAAGUACAUUUGGAAAUGUGUUUUCAUUACUAUUGGGCAUGGAGCUUGAUCUUAAGUGCUUCUUAAGAAACUUGUCCAUCCUCUGCCUGGGGGGUGGUGUUAAUUUUUUCUUGAGUGAAAUAUUUACCAUUUAAGCCAUUUCCCUUUUAUCAUUCAAGCUGCCCAUUAAAGUUUCUCUGUAACCUUUUGCUCUGUGUCUUACUGUUCUUUCGCUCUUGUAAUACAGAAUAAAGAAUCCCAAUUUAUAUUUGCUUUGGACAUUGUUCAUUACCUGUCCAUGCAACCUCCAUUUCUUCAACUCAAUUCUAAUCUUUCGUAACACAUUUAAAGUGUUAUCUUUGUCCCUGUGUUUUUUUUUCUCAUUUUAUAAUUUAACUGAUUUAUUAACCCAUUACGACCACUGCUGUCUAGUCUUUGAUAUGUUUGGGAUUGAUCUGUUCUGCACUUUAAAUUGCUGACAUCCAUUCUCUUCCAUAUCUACAUUAUCUAAUUUUUAAAACUGCUACACACUGUAUAUGUAUGUAAAGAUGUACAAUAUGUUUUCCGCUGAGUGUGGUAUUUUGAACCCGAUGUCGUGUACUGGUGUCGGAUGUCAGUAGGACCUGGCUGAAACAAUGCAAAACCUCAAUCACCAGCAUAAUAAAAGCUGUGUCUUUAAAACUUUCACUAGGCUGUGCUCUGGCCUAUAUAACCGAGUGGGUGAGACAUCAGCUCUACGUCCCGGCGCUGAAGUUGGAUGUGCUGUCUCUCCUGUCUGCGAAACGCGAGUCGUUUACGUCAUGUCAAGAACACGAUAUCUCAUUAUCAAGCAAUUUUAAAAUUGCACUUCCCCUUCUUGACACGGGCUCUGCUCAGUGUGCCCCGUUGUUACAACACUCCAGAUCUUAGCCCACAGUUUGCCUUCCAAGGAGAUCCAACAGGGAUCCUAAAAAUAGCACCUGUGGCGGUCUUCCGCGCUUAAAAGGGCUCUGAUACUGCACUUAGAUGUAAAGGCAGGGUAAUCUCAUGCUCUUGUUCAGCUGACCAGUGAAAACCAUGGGAACCUGCUCCCUGAUGUCACUGUGCUCUCUUAGCUUAAUAAUUGUCCUUAUAAUUAAAGGCGGUGGCGGAGAGAAAGCGCUCCGAAGUCACCUCAGCUGCCUCAUGUGAACGACACCACCGAACCGGCCAGCACACAUUAACGAGACAUGGAAAUGUGUGCUGGCCGUAGGCUCCGUGGAGUUUAUUUAUAUAAUCAACAGAAUAAAACCUAACAACCCAAUUGGUGCCUUUACAGUAUCCUUGUUCGCAAGAAAGUGCAUAACAGUGUAGAAAAAGAAACUAAAGGCUGUAUCGUCUCCAGAUACUGCAUAGUGUUUUGCUUGUUAUAUUCCGCAGAAACAGACACAUUAAACGCGCUGCCUAUAUAUGCCUAUUUCCUGGUAAGGUCGCUUGCAGCUUGCAGCAGGCCGUCAUUGAGCAACCUUCACAGAUUCUCCGUGAAAGUCAUCUCCGGGGUUUCAGUCUUUCAGUCGGCAAAAGAGGAACAAUUCAGGAAAGAGGGCGGGCGAAGCACUGGCUUACAUGCCCUAGCGAGAAGCAUCAUUCCAGAAGCCGAAACACACGGCACCGCAAGAGCUGUGGUGAUGUAUGUAUCCCUUUAAUUCCAGCAAAACGGCUGUUUCCUUCGAACAAGAGCCGCCGGCACACGAUGAGUGCUUACAUCCCCGGUUGUAGUCGGCGACAUCUGUCAUCUUGGCUGCGAUAUUAACUGGCGAAUACAGACCAUUGCUUGAUUUUGCUAAUACAGUGUAUACGUCGCCUAUAUACUGCGAGACGCCAGCUGCAGGUCCGAAUCAGACCCGGAUCCCAAUCCUUCUGAAAUAACACGGCAAGCCUAUGGAAAUUUCCUGUUACUUGAACACUGAGGCAGAAGGGAUACAUUUAUCCAGACUUUGAAGGAAUGCACCUGAUUUUCCGAGAGCUUUAUUUCCAUCUGGACAUUAGAAGACGAGUCAAUUGCAGACCGCUUUUCUUUUAACGGUGUGCAAUUUAAUUUAUUUUUUUUUCUCCCCCAAGACUAAGAGCUUACCAGUCGGUCAAGUCUGCAUCUGCCUUUCCUGCGGGUCAUCCUGCAGGCUGAUCUCACAGCACAACCUGCCCUGGCUAAGGGGAUGGAUCCAGCAGAGCAAACCCACAGAAAGCAGGAGCCAGCAGGAUCGGCCACAGCCAGGUCAGACCCCACCCCGGGGCCUGCUGGGAGGGCAGCCCCCAGCUCCACUAACCCCGCCCCCUCGGAUGCCCAAAGGCUUCAGGGGGGAGCUGGGAAGCCGGAAGCCCACGGAUUCACUCCAGCCGAUGCCCUGAGCCUGGAGGUGACGCAGGCCAAGGGGCCGGCUGGGCCCAACUGCACAGCGGGUAGCGGCUCAGGGCCCGCGGCACCCGUGUGCCUGAGCAGGCCCAGGCCCCAGACAACGGGCAGCUCCGGCCGACCCCGGCCCGCGGGAGCCAGUGGGGCUGUCCCUCAGCCCCCGGGGUCCUGCAGCCCCAACCCGGUGAGGCACACGGCCCCCCCACCUGCGGCCCCCAUGCCCCCCGCCCAGCCCCCCUGGGAGGCUUUCGCAGGGAGCUCUGUGGACCCCGUCCCCCCGGGAGCUCGGCCCCAGAGCGACGCCAGCGCCGAAGCCGGGGCCGAGGAGGACUUCAGGGUGCACAUCAUCACAUGGAAUGUGGGGUCAGCUGUUCCGCCUGAUGACAUCAUUUCGCUUCUGGGGCUGAACAUAGGAGAUGGGAUCACAGACAUGUACAUCAUUGGUCUUCAAGAAGUCAACUCCAUGAUUAAUAAACGGCUGAAGGACGCCAUCUUCACUGACCAGUGGAGUGAGCUGUGUAUGGACACACUGGGUCCCUUCGGCUAUGUGCUGGUGACUUCCCAGCGGAUGCAAGGUGUUCUGCUGCUGGUUUUUGCCAAGUACUACCACCUGCCCUUCCUGAGGAAUGUGCAGACAGAGAGCACGCGGACAGGCCUGGGAGGAUACUGGGGUAACAAAGGUGGCGUUAGUGCCCGGAUGGCGGUUUUUGGCCACAUGGUUUGUUUCCUGAACUGCCACCUGCCGGCACACAUGGAGAAUUCGGAGCAGCGCAUGGAGGACUUCGAAAGCAUCCUGCAGCAGCAGCAGUUCGAUGGGCAGGCGGCCACCGGCGUGCUGGAUCACGAUGUGGUGUUUUGGUUCGGUGACCUGAACUUCAGAAUUGAGGAUUACGAAAUUCAGUUUGUAAAGAAUGCCGUUGAUGGCAACAAGCUCUCUCUGCUUUGGGAUAAAGACCAGCUGAACAUGGCCAAGGGCUCAGAGUCUGUGCUGGAAGGGUUCCACGAGGGGCCACUCAAAUUCCCCCCAACGUACAAGUUUGAUGUGGGAAGCAACACCUAUGACACCAGCAUGAAGAAGCGGAAGCCGGCCUGGACUGAUCGCAUCCUCUGGAAGACCAAGCUGCCCAGCUCCUCCAGCCCUUCCCUGAGCAAGGCCAGGAAGCGCAGCUCCGCCGCCGGCCUGCCCAGCGGGUUGAGGGUCACCCAGCACUGCUACCGCAGUCACAUGGAGUACCUGGUCAGCGAUCACAAGCCCGUCUCGGCCAUCUUCACCCUGCAGUUCCCCUAUAAAGUGGACCUGCCCAUGAUCACUCUCAUUGUAGACGAUGAGUGGAACAAUCUUUCAGAUGCCACUGCCAAAUUCAAGAUGGCAGCCAACUACCCUCGGAGUUCCUGGGACUGGAUUGGCCUGUACAAGGUGGGGUUCAAGCACCAUAAGGACUAUGUGGGUUACGUCUGGGCAAAGCAAGAGGAGUCAGACUACGUGAAACAGGAGUACCAGGUGACAUUUGGGGAAGAGUCUUUGCCUAAGGGCACAGGAGAGUACAUCUUGGGUUACUAUAGUAACAACAUGAGCUCCAUUGUGGGAGUAACAGAGCCCUUCCAGAUCUCCCUGCCCAGCUCCACCCCCAGCUCCAGCCCCUCCGACAGCUCGGACUUCAGCUCGGAGGACGACAGCACCGUGGUGCUCCUGCGGCCCAAGUCCCGCAGCCCCAGCCCCGGCAAGGCCAAGCAGAGGGGCCGCCGGAGCCGCAGCCGCAGCCCGGCGCUGCCCCGGCUGCAGGGCCUCAACCUGCGCCCUCACUCCCGGGAGACGGGCGCCCGCAGCCCCUCGCCCCGCACCGGCGCUAAGAGGGAGCGCCUCGUCUGCGAGUCCGACGAGUCCCCCGACACCUGCUGCCCCCUCCCGCAGGACCCCGACGGCAGCCCCAGCACUCCCAGCAUCGAAGUCAACGCCCCAGAGGACCUGCCCAGCCCCGGCUCCGCCAGGGAACGCGGGCCCUCUGAGGGUCCUGCCUCUGGGUGGAAGGCUUCAGGCGAGCGCCAGGAUCCGGCGUUGUGACAGGCCCCACGUCCUGGGAUAAGGAGCGGGGUCCAGGCCCCGUGGAGUCUGGCUUGGCACUUUGACAUGCUCCGAGCGGUCUGCUCCGCUUCCUUCAGUGACGAAUUCCUGACACCACAUGAGUCAGGAGAAAAGUAGGCCUCCUGCUUCUGUGACUGUCCUCAACAAUUCUCUACCAUCUGAACACAUUCCUUCUGCUUCCUCCUGUCUGUGUCUCUAUCCCUCCUCUUACCUCACUGUCUCGACCAUCCUUUUUUUCACCUCCUGGCUCCCUGUUCCUGGAAUACAAGAAAAAUGCCAGGUUUUUUACACGUGUCUGUUCAUACAAAUUUGGUGAGUUUCUGUCAGUAUUGCAAAAUAUGUGAAUGUUUCCAGAAAAGUUUGGUUUUAGUUUUACUAGUCUCAUACACUGGUGAUAUGAUGACAUUUUUUUCUGUCAUUGAACAUUUGCACAAGACGUCAAUCAGAAAUGUCUAACUGCAUGAGAUCUUGAAAUAAGGCUAGUAAUAAUGCUACCUUAAUGCAGUUUUUUCUGAGAAUUGUGUUUUCUUUUGCCACUAUGUUUAUUGGCAUUUAGAAUUUCAUGACAAUCAAGUAAUCAAAUCCAAGUUGUAUGUGACUCUUUUAUAUAGUGGCUAUUCCCACAGUAAGUGCAUCUCAGAGGCAAAUAAAGCUGACAUCGGUGCCUCUAUGAAAAUGGAGCCCUACCCUCUUCUCUCACUCGCACUGAAAUAGAAAGGCACCAGUUUCAAUAGCUGUAGGUUGAGUAACAAGUGUAACUCCUAGUGAACCUUCCAGCACGGUGUACCGCGGCAGGUGUUGUUCACAUGUAGUAGAUGUUGUGUAAAGCUGUGCUAUAAGAACAUAAAAACAAGUGAAAGCCAUUUGGCCCAUCUAGCCUGUUUGAUAGUCAGUAGGUAAUUGAUUCAGGUACUGUACCUUAUUCAGUCGUUUCUCUUGUUGCGCUACUGAACCUUUCAUUAAAAAUAACAAUCAAGCCAUAUAAAAAAUGAUCCAGCGGAGCAGUGAACUUAUCAAUAACUGGAACCUAAUUAGUCUCUGCAAAUCAAUGCUCCUUCUGUCGGGUGGGCAGCUCAGUGUCAAUAUAAUGAUUUUGGCAGAGAAGGACACAGCUCAUUGAAUGGUGAAUUGAACUCUAAUUCUUUACUAUGGAGUUGUGUAAAAACACAAUUUUGUUCCUGAGAUCAUUAUUACCUGCACUUCAGAACUUAUGCAUACAUUUUUCUGGUAAUAUCAUUGUGUUUAUAAUAAAGAAUAACCUAGACUUCACCUCAAAACAGAAAAAAUAUUAAAAACCAACAGCAAAGAACGAAAUGGUCAUAAUUUGACAGUGAUGAAGGUGAAGAUUUCAGUCCCAUCAUUACUAGUAGUGCUCUGUUUUAAAUGGGGGCACAGCAGAAUCCUAAAAAAUGGUUUAAAGGAGAAGAAAAGCUUCCCAUUUUAAAAGACUUUAAACUUACUUUGCUUGCACUGCUGGGCACAUUUGUGUCACAUGCAGAACAUGAACAUUUUUAAAGUUAAGUUCCCUUUGCUUGAUCAUUCUUGACUAAGAACAGGCCUAUUAUUUUCCAGCCAAUUUAAAUAACACAUUUCCUUAUUAAGGGCAGCUUGGUGGCACAGUGAUUAGCAUUGCUGCCUCGCAGCACUGUGGCCCUUGGCUCAAUUGCUGGGUUACUGUGUGGAGUUUGUGUGUUCUCCUUGCGUCAUCAUGGGUCUUUUGCCCUGUGCUCUGGUUUGCUCCCGCAAUCCAAAGACAUGCUGUAGGUUAAUUGGCUUCUGGGAAGACGGGCCCUGUGGUGUUGGUGUCUGUCUGCCCUGCAAUGGACUGGAGUCCUGUCCAGGGUGUAUCAUGCCUUGUGUCUCUUUCUUGCUGGGAAAGUGGGUAGAACAUUGAUGGGUGGAUGGACUUCCUUAUUAAACUUAUUAAACAGCACGGGGAGACUAGCAAUCUGUUCCUGAAGACUCAGUCAUUGAGCCAGAUCCUUCCUUUAAACUAGCUACCCUAGUUACCAGCCACAGCCAGACUGAGAGGGCUGCCCUUACUGAAGCAGACCUCUGGCACGAAUCAGGUCCAUGCUGUCUCAUAGUAUGUUCUGGAGUCCAGCUUGCAAUCUCCAAACUGUAGCCAAACCUACAGUAUAUGCCAUGCAAAAGACUUGGAAGGUUUUUGCACUCUGAAGCCCCUUAACCUUAAUUAACUUUGAACUUGAAACACCUGGGUGUUUAUUCACAUAUUCCUCUUGCCCCAUCACUGUGAAGGAUAGAAAUGUCUGAGGGAGUUUUGAAUAGCUGAAGCCAUGGAGAUGUUCCUUUGCAGUGCAGGUUGCUGCAGCUAGCAGAGUACCAGUAAAUCAUGGCUGGGCAGAGUUGUCUGGGACACCUUUACUGUAGCUCCCAGGGUUUUACUGUGAAAGUGUGGUAUCCAUUUGUCCUUCGCUGCUUGUGUUUCAGCAUUAAAGCAUGGAAACAUAUCUUGGGGGAUACGUUUUUGUUCUGUCCUCAGGCUCCUUCUUUGGUGUAAGAAUAAAAACUGUUGCCUGUACAUUGUUGUAUAUAUGUUUGUACUAUAUGUUCUUCUGGGUGGUCAUAUUUUCACAGCUAUUACAAUUUUCACAGCUCUUAUUACACAUAAUGGAUUUUUAAAUGACCAUGAUCUUUCUUCUUUCUUGUUGUGCUUAUUUAUUUAUUCGAAUACCUAGAUAAUGGGCUGAAACUGUGUUCGUCUGUGUACAAUCCUGAAUCAAAAUCUGUACUAGUGAAUUGUUAAAAAUUAUAUUUAUUGUAUCAUUUUGAAAUCAUUUCAAUUCUGUGCAAGACAGAGAAAGUACUCCGUGAGAUAUCUUUGGAAUUGCAUACCUCAGUGGUGACAGAGUUGUGAAAUUUGUGUGAUCAUUUUGAUUUUCACAGGGCAGUGGGACUUAUGCAGUAGCAGUGCAGCACGAGUGUGAGUUUGAAGUUGUCUUUCUCUGUGAAGUCCAGGCUGUUCUCUUACACUAGCAAACCUGGAUCAUGUGAUUGUUGCCAGAGCAACGAGAGGCAGUAUGCUCGAUGCACCCACUCCCUCCACCCAUAAUGCAGUGCUGUGAUGCCCCUGCUGUGGAAACAGGGGAGCUCUCCAGUCACCCUGCUGUUGUGCCACCUCUGUCACUCCAAAUAAAGCUAAAAAAAAUCCUUUUCAAAAUGUGACUGUUUCUC